AUGGCCUCGGUGAACCACUCUAUUGAGAGCACCACCAGCAGCCUGCAGCGGUCUGGCCUCAGCAUGAGUGUGGGAGACACAAAGUCCAUUGUUCUUGCGCUCCAGGCUUUGCAAGACAAAAUUCGCCGUCUGGAACAGGACCGCAAUCAUCAUCUGGAUGAGUAUGAACGGGCCCUGCAAGCACACGAGGCUUACAAGCAGGACAUGGAACACCAACUGGAGCAGGAACGCACACAUCAUCGGCAACGUGAAAAAGAGUUGCAGGAAAUGGUGCAGCGAGCUACCGCAGAGAAAGCAAAGCUACAAAGCACAUUGGAAGAAAGUAGAAAAGACUUGGGAACAUUUCGGACAGAACUAGAGGAAAUCCUUAUUAAGGAGUGUGAUGCUGCCAAAAAACGUGAAAAUGCCAUGGCCAGUGAGUUGGAUAAGUUGCGCCAAGAGUUGGAGGAACAGCACGAAAAACACCGUGUACUUCUUACAUCCAUCGAAGAGCUUCGGGCCGAGAAGGAGGCGGCACUCGACACCAACCAUCAUUUAGAGCAGGCAAUACAGGAGCUUAUGCGAGUGCAACCAGGGUACGGGCCAAAUCGGACACUUUUACGCAAUAGUGAUACUAGCCGGUUAACUUCAGAAGGACGCAAACUUCGUAGUCAGCGUGGUAAAACAUCCAGCGGCGCUGGAUUAGAAACACUGAAUCGAACCAAUAACUCUCGUCGAGCUGCUGAACCUCGGAAGAGAGGGGGUCGCCCGACGUCUGCUGUGCGGUCUAGCAGUGCUCGCCACACAUACCGCGAUCCAACGUAUUCCUCUAACCAGCGUGAUGUUCGGAAAGAGAACGGAAUUCAUGUAGCUGAUAGUAGCUUUGUUGGUGAAUUUACAAAGCCUGCCUCGUACACGACGGCAUCAGUCUCGCGGACGCAGCCGACAGUCUUGUUAGAAGGGAGACGAAAUGAUGCCAUGGCGGAGGUGUGUGAGGAAUUGGAGGGGGAACUAAAAAGCCUUCAUCAACAGUACAAGGAAACGGUGGAGCGGGCGGCGGUGGAAGAGAUCUCUGCUGAAGUGCUUACAGCAGCACUGAAUCGCAUCGCACGACUCAUGGACCGCAAAACGGAGCAGGUGCGACUGAUCAAGGAAGCUCAGCGUGACAUUGUGGCAGCGGGAGCAGCAGUGGAUGUGCCAACGUCGCGCUCAGUUAGUUCGUCGAGACGGCCCCCACAUCCAGUGGGGGCAGACAAAGCCACCCAGCGCAAUCUCAUUGUCAACGAGCUUCGCUCUCUGCUGUCACAACAGCGUUCUUAG